AUGGCCGACAUUGAGAACGCGGCCCAAGAGCCGCCCAAAGGGCCUCCCAGCGAUACGGUUGCUGACAUUGUCGAUCCCACAAACGGCCAUGACGCGACCGGCAAGACCGACAAGACCGACAAAGGCGACGAUCUCCCGCCACCCGACGCAUCGGUUGCGUCGGCCGAGCUCCUGCUGCCCAUCGGCGAGAUCGACCCCGUCUACGCGGCCAAGGCGCGCGUGCUCAACCAGGCCGUGCAGGCCAUUGGCAUGGGGCGGUACCAGUGGCAGCUGUUUGCCGUCGUGGGCUUCGGCUGGGCCAGCGACAACCUGUGGCCGAUUGUGACGUCGCUCAUCUUUACGCCCGUGACCAACGAGUUCCAGCCGGCGCGGCCGCCGCUGCUGACCCUGGCGCAGAACCUGGGGCUGCUGGCGGGCGCCGUCUUCUGGGGGUUUGGCUGCGACAUCUUUGGGCGCCGCUUUGCCUUUAACGCGACGCUGGGCCUGGCCGCCGUCUGGGGCAUGAUUGCGGCCGGCUCGCCCAACUUUGCGGCCGUGGGCGUCUUUGACGCCUUCUGGUCCUUUGGCGUCGGCGGCAACCUGCCCGUCGACUCGGCCAUUUUCCUCGAGUUCUUGCCCGCGUCGCACCAGUAUCUGCUGACGAUCCUGUCGGUCGACUGGGCGCUCGCGCAGGUGGUGGCCAACCUGAUCGCCUGGCCGCUGCUGGGCAACCUGACGUGCCAGGAAGACGUGGCCGCCGCCGGCCAGUGCACGCGCGCCGCCAACAUGGGCUGGCGCUACUUUGUCAUCACCAUGGGCGGCCUGACGCUCAUCAUGUUUGCCAUCCGCUUCCUGUGCUUCACCAUCUACGAGUCGCCCAAGUACCUGAUGGGCCGCGGCCUCGACGCCGAGGCCGUGCAGAUUGUGCACGAAGUCGCGCGCCGCAACGGCACGACGUCCGACCUGACGCUGGCCGAUCUGCAGGCCUGCGAGCCCGCGGGCUACGUCCACCCGGCGGCCGGGGCCGGGGCCGGGGCCUCGUCCGACGCGUCCGCCGCAAACGCCGGACGCGGCAGCAGCGCCCGCGCCAAUGCCGCCACGGCCAUCCGCCGCAAGCUCGCCGAGGUCGACGCCGACCGCAUCAAGACGCUGUUCGCCACGCGCCGCCUGGCCCUGUCGACGGGCCUCAUCAUGGCCGUCUGGGCGCUGAUUGGGCUCGCCUACCCGCUGUACAAUGCCUUUUUGCCCUACAUCCAGGCCACCCGCGGCGCCCACUUUGGCGACGGCUCGACCUACCUGACCUACCGCAACUCGCUCAUCGUCGCCGUCCUCGGCGUGCCCGGCGCCCUCAUUGGCGGCUGGCUCGUCGAGCUGCCCCGCUUCGGCCGCAAGGGCACCCUGGCCCUCUCCACCGCCGUCACCGGCGUGUUUUUGUACGGCUCCACCACCGCCCUGACCUCCAACGCCCUGCUCGGCUGGAACGCCGCCUUCUCCUUUGCCAGCAGCGUCAUGUACGCCGUCCUCUACAGCUUCACCCCCGAGCUGUUUCCCACCCCGCAGCGCGGCACCGGCAACGCCCUCGCCGCCACCUGCAACCGCAUCUUUGGCAUCAUGGCCCCCAUCAUCGCCAUGUUUGCCAACCUGCAGACGAGCGCCCCCGUCUACACGAGCGGCGCGCUGUUUUUGGCGGCCGGUGUGCUGGUGCUCCUUCUUCCGUUUGAGUCACGGGGGAAGCAGGCCUUGUAA